CAUCAUCCUCAUCCAAUAUUCCAGAGCAAGAAGAAACAGCAAACAAAGAGGUGCGAUCGUCCAAGCCAUCACGCGAUAGUCGUGCUCGAGAAAGUAGAAGAAAGAUACCAUCAUCAUCGUCAUCAUCCACCAGAGAUCUUCAACAAACAGCACCAGCACCAGCUGCAAAAGACACCACAAAGAAGUUGACGCCCAUGGAAAAGCUUAAAUUGAAAAUGCGUGCAGGAUUAGAAAAUCAAAUCGAUGCGGAUGAUCGUGAAAAGCGACGUCAAGAGCGCGAAAGGGAAUUAACCAUCAUUCAAAGCUCUUACAAAGGCGAACGCGAGGAGUCACAGAAGAAUGAUGAUCCAGCAUCAUCACGAACGCAUCAACACGAAGAAGAAAGUUCAAGACGGAAACUUUCGCCAGAAAAACGUCCGCGUCGAUAUUAUUCGCCGAGCAGUUCAUCAACAUCUGACCGAUCGCCUAGCCAUUCUCGUCGGGAUCGACAGAAACGACGCUAUCGGUCACCGAGCAGCGACAGUCCAUCAGAUGCUGGCAGUGGCGGGGAUGAUGACAAACAUCCACAGCGAAGAAGACAGAGAAGUCCAUUUGUAAAGCGAUCGAGACGAAGAUCCCGUUCCACAAGUCCUAGCAGUAAAAGACGGCGACAAUCUUCCUCAUCCUCUCGUCAUCAUCGUCAUGGAUCUAGUCGUCAUCACCGUCGUCAUAAUCGAUCACGGUCUCCGAGAAGACGUUCUCGCUCUCGUUCAAGAUCAAGUAGAAGCAAACGAAAUUGACGGCAGAAAAGUGUUUUUCCAACAGCAAAAUAAAAUAUACAUAUUUAU